CGCCGCUUCCUCCUGCACGGGGUCCGGAAGGCAGCGCGGCCCGGGCCGCCGUGCGCGCGGACUGGGAGCGAGAGAGGGCCGGGCCUCGGCGGCGCCGCCGCCGCUGCGGGUCAGCCAGCCUUCCGCAGUGGGGGUGGGCGGCGGAGCGCGCAGGCCGGGGGAAGGGCCAGGCCCCGCCGUCUCUCUGGGCGAUGGAGUGAGUGAGGGAGCGAGGCUCGGCAGCAGGAAGAUGGCCGGUGGCGGCAGCGGCGGUGGUUGCAGAGACAGCUUGUUUCUGGAAGCUUUGGAUAGAUCACAGUCCAAGAGAGAUGGAGGUUUUAAAAGUAAUUGGAGCUUUGAUCAUGAAGAAGAAAGUGAAGGAGAUGCAGAGAAAGACGAGGCAAAUCUGCUCAGCAUAGAUGACAGUGAUGGACCUUUCAGUACCAGUGACGAAAGAAAGUCACUUCGUUGUCGGCCUGGAGCUGUUGGCACAAGUGGUGAUUCCUUAAAAACAUACGCAAGGCGAGGCAAAGCUGGAGGCCUGAGACUUCUUAAAGGGAACUCAAUUGGCCUCAACAUGAUGGGAAAUAAUAAGAAACUGAGUGAAAAUGCUCAGAACAUGUCUUGUCCUGUAACUGUGGUACAUGGUAGACGUUUUCACCAUGCACAUGCACAGACAGCAGUAGUAAAAACAGCAGCCCAAAGCAAUCUGGAUCGAAAGGAAAGAAAAGAAUACCCCCCUGAGCUUCAGAAGGUAGAAGCAGACCACAUUAGAUUACCACGGUCUCAGAGAGUGGACAGUAUAAUGGAAAACAGAGAAGAGUCAGAAUCAGAAUCGGAACCUGAAAUUAAGAGAAAGGUGCAACAGAAACGUCACUGUAAUUCAUAUCAAUCUGACUUCACUCUAUCUUCUGCUACGAAAAAAUGCUUAACUCAGUUAAAGCUUUUGGAACAAACUGAUUAUUCUACCAAUUGUCCAAAUUGCGGGCGGGCGAAUGAAAAGCAGACCAAAUGCCGACAUUGUGAAAGUGCUUCUCUGCAAAGAGUCUCCAGACAAACUGUGUCAUUAAGUGAAUCUGUGGGACCUUUAUCACGUUCUUCAAUACAUCAGAAUUCAACAGGGCAAAAAUCUUCAGGUACAGGGUUCAGCACAAAGAAGUUUUAUAGUUCUACUGUUGGGAAGGGUCCAACAGAUAUUCUACUGAGUAAUGAAGUUGUAGGACAUUCUAUGUUGCGGCAGAAUGGAAAAGUUGGUCUUACAACUGGGACAAAAAAUCCUAAAAUUACAGGAAGCUUAAGACAGAGGAGUACAAGGCCAUCUGAACUAAAUGAUCCAAUUGUUUUGUCUAGUGAUGAUGAUGAGGAGGAGGAUAGUGGCAGCACUAGGAGAAUGGAAAGCAUUUCACCUCGUCCUGCAGAUUCAGCCCGCUCCUCCCCAGCUCCUUCUACAGGAAAGGUGGAAGCAGCAUUAAAGGAAAACAGUUGUGGAAUAGAACAGAGAAUAGGUAGUAUAACAACAGAUACAGAAAUUGCAGUCACACUACCAAGAAAAGCAAGAAUGAAAGAUCAGUUUGGGAACAUUGUGUCUAACACUCCAAUAAAACGUCGUAAAGUUACUUCUCAAGAGAUUCUACCUGAGACUGUACCACUAAGUUAUCAAAAUUCCUGUGAAAGUGUCAUUCUGAACUGUCGAAGUAUACGAAUAGGAACACUACGAAGAAUGGUAGUGGAACCUGUGAUUUUUUGCCUGGAUUAUAUCAAAAUACGCCUAGAAAGUCAAGAAGAAUCAGAAAGUGAUAUCCGAGAAAUUAACUUGAAAACUUCAGAACUUACCAAGUGUGAAUGGUGUAGUGUACGAAAAUUACCAGUAGUUUUCUUACAAACAGUACCAUCAACCUGUAGUAGCCUGAGAGAACAACUGAAAAUGAGUAAAGAUAAUGUCUGGUACGAAUGUAAAGGAGACAGUCAAGAAGAACAGUAUAUAAUUUUGAUUUUUGAAACUGGUCUUGAUCCUCAUGCAAACUCAAUAUUUGAAAAAAUUAUUACUGACAUUGGUAUUAGAAAUAAUAUUUCUGACUUCUUUGUGAAAAUUUCCUUUGAAGAAGCCAAUGGCAGGCUUGUUGCUUUUACCAAGUGCUUGGAAGACAAUUCCAAAGGAAGCCCAUCUCACAGAGAAAACAAAACAAAAAAUGUUGCUUCCGAAUCCAAAAUGCAGCAGAGAAAUAAACAGUUACCAUAUUUUGAUGAUGAUGAAGAAAUUGGAGAACCACAUACAGUAUUUAUUGGUCCUAUUGAAAAGUUGAUAGUUUAUCCACCUCCUCCAGCUAAAGGUGGCAUUUCUGUGACCAAUGAAGACCUCCAUUGUCUAAAUGAAGGAGAGUUUUUAAAUGAUGUUAUUAUUGAUUUUUAUUUAAAAUAUUUGGUACUUGAAAAACUGAAAAAAGAAGAUGCUGAUAGAAUACAUGUGUUCAGUUCUUUCUUCUAUAAACGCCUUAAUCAAAGGGAAAGGAGAAAUAUUCAUGAAACUUCAAACCUUUCAAUACAGCAAAAACGACAUGGGCGAGUAAAAACAUGGACACGACAUGUUGACAUUUUUCAGAAAGAUUUCAUUUUUGUUCCCCUUAAUGAAGCUGCCCACUGGUUUUUGGCUGUCAUCUGUUUUCCUGGUUUAGAAAAACCCAAAUAUGAACCAAAUCCCCACUAUCAUGAAAAUGCUGCAACACAACUAAAAUCUCCCUCUUCAGAUGGAGAGAGCAACACAUCAUCUCCUUUGCCAAAUGAAUUAGAUGCACAAAACUCACCUUCCAAAUCCACAGCAAAGAAAAUGUUGACCAAAAAGUUUAAUACAGCUUUAAUUGACCCAAACACUGACACAGAGGACAGUGAGUCUUCAUGUUGUAGAAGAAGUCCUUGUAGGGGAAAAAGUGCUUUCAAAAAACUAAAUCAAAUAGACAGUGAUGUGGAAGAACCUAACACUGUGGAAUCAACAUGCCAUAAACUAGACCAUAGGACUCUGGACGUGAAUGGUAUACAGGGUGAAUUCACAACUGCUAGCCAAUCUAUGGAUGGAUUGCACAAAAUCAGGCUAAACUAUAGUGAAGACUCAGCUGAUGGCAGUAAACUAAAUGAAGAUGAGCUUAUAGAUUUUUCUGAAGACCAAGAUAAUCAGGAAGACAGUAGUGAUGAUGGUGGCCUUCUGGAUGAUAAUUGUAAUUCAGAAAUGGGACAAUGGCACCUGAAGCCUACCAUCUGCAAACAGCCCUGCAUUUUGCUUAUGGACUCCCUGAGAGGGCCUUCCCGGUCAAAUGUUGUGAAAAUACUACGGGAAUAUUUAGAGGUGGAGUGGGAAGUCAGAAAAGGCAACAAAAGAAGCUUUUCCAAAGAAGUCAUGAAAGGUUCGAACCCAAAAGUGCCACAACAAAACAAUUUCAGUGAUUGUGGAGUGUACAUACUGCAGUAUGUGGAGAGCUUUUUUGAGAAUCCCAUUCUGAGUUUUGAGCUACCAAUGAACUUAACAGACUGGUUUCCACGCCCAAGAAUGAAAACCAAAAGAGAAGAAAUACGAAAAAUAAUCCUGAAGCUACAGGAACAGCAGAACAAGGAAAAGAGGGGACAGAAGGACACAAGUUCAAUGGAAAGAUCUUUGCAGGAAAAAACAGAACAACUUACAAACAGCAGCUCAGACUGAGUGUUGUAUCUGUUGCAUGUUUGCUCCACAAUCAAAACUGAAAUAUACAUUUUUGUCUACCCAGACUAAAGAUUUGGCGUAUUCUCUCCUCAAAGUCACUUGGAAAUGUUUAAUGCCUGUAUAAAUGUGUGUCAUAAAAUGAUUUUAAUUUCCAGAAAGAUGUGUAUUAAGUAAGCGAGUCUGUACAUAUGUUAAUGAGGCCAAUUUUUUCAGCAUUUGUAAUUACUUUUUUUCCACUUGUUAGGGAGCUUUUGUUAUGUAUUUCUGUUAAUAGAACUUAAAUAGCAACUUCUAAACAUAAAGCAAAUAAAGAAAAUAUUUAUAGGAUAAAAUGGGUAAUUUUUUAUUUUUCAGUAAAGUUGUAAUGUCACAGGCUUAAGUAACACAUAGGAAAUUAUUUGGUAGUGAGAUAAUUAAUUCAUAUUUUGACCCUAUUUAGUUGCCCUUUACAAGAUUAUUCUGCUUGCGCUACAAAUGAUAAUGUGGGUGUCUCAGUGUACCAUGGCCUCAGAGAGGGUGAUCCCUAUCCUCCCAGUAUCUUAAGUGUAGGCAGUGUAAUAGUUAAUAGGACUGCUUCAGAUUUGGGUUUUAAAAGAUACGCCUUGCAAUGAAAAUAAUUCCACCCUCACUUCAGUGGGAUGGGCUAGGGAAAGGGGGAGAAUGCUCUUUGACCAGAGAUAACUAUUCAAACAGUAUUAUAACAGUGAUUUCAAUGAAGUGAUCUUGAGUGAUACUAUUAAAUCAUAUUUUGUGGAUCCCAAUUGUUGUACAGGUGUAUUUUGAGACUUUCUUCAUUAUAAAAUUGUAUUUUGGUAAGUGUACUUGGAAUAGCAAAUUGCCCACAUUACAUUUUCUAUGUUACGAUUCUGAAUGUUACAUUCAUAUGUGCUUUAUCUAAGUAAUGAACAUUUAAAAAGAAAAAAGUGUAUGAUUAAUAUUUUUUGUAAUAUCCACGCAAAAAAAAAAAAAACCCACAACAGAA